CUAUCCAAACAUUAUUUCACUCCGAUGAAUUGAAUCAGUAUAUCGAAUCAGCUCCAGCUCUAAUCAAGCAAGCACCUGAACAACUAAUCAAAAUCUUAAGAGUCACAUGAAAUCUACAAGUAGGCAAAGAUUUAUUAGGGUUGGAGCUAAAAUCUGCAGAACGUCGGCACUCCAGGAACGACUUUGCCUAAAUAUAUCCUAGGUUCCUAUUUUUAAGCUGGAGCAACUGUACGAGACAUAUAGAAGUCCAGCAGAGGGCGGUCGUGCAGAAUCCGUCCGACUGAUGCUGAAAGACCAAAAUAGGGAGUGGGAGGAUAUUGCUAUAACCGGUCAGACGUGGCCAACUGUAAAGCAAAGCUGUCUAUUUGGACAGCUGCCCAAACUGGAAGACGGCGACCUGAUAUUGUACCAGACUAAUGCUAUCCGUCGACACUUGGCACGCAAACUGGGCAUUUAUGGUCAAAAUGAGAAAGAGGCUGCUUUGAUCGACAUGAUUGAUGAUUUCCUGGUAGAGAUUCAGGCAAAAUACAUGAAGCUUAUUUAUCAGGAAUAUGAAACAGGAAAAGAAAAAUAUCUGAAGGAACUGCCUGAAAGUCUUGGGCGCUUGGAAAAAAUCUUAAGCAGCAACAAAGGAGGAUUUCUGGUUGGCUCACAGAUCUCCUUUGCCGACUAUCUGCUGCUGUCGCUCCUCUUAUAUCAUCAGGUCCUCUCUCCAUCCUGCCUGGAUUCUUUUCCCACCUUGAGAAGUUACCUGGAUAAAAUUUCUUCCAGACCCAACCUGAAGGCCUACAUGCAGAGCGAUGCUUUCAAGAACAAACCCAUCAAUGCCAACGGGAAACAGUAAAGGCAUCAUAAAGUCUCAUGUCAUCUGAAAUGCCCACUUUCAAACACAUACUGUAGUGACGGAUUUGCAAAGCUGUACAUUUUGCUUCAAUAA